AUGGACGGUGAGCACGCUUUUCAAAAACUAUUCAUUCUUCCAACGGACAUACAGUGUAUUUUAUGUACAAGGUCCUACAUCAAUCGAUCGACCUGCAAAAGUACCGCAUGCGUGAUUCAUCAUGGACAUUGGACACGAUCUAUUCGCGUCUGCUCGUUCGUUAUCAACACUCCACACAUGAUAUUCGAUGGUCGGUCUACCCAGGAUCGUCUGAGACACCCAAAAGUUCUUGAUGUCGCAUUUGCGGAAGCCAAAAUACUCUCCUUGGAGCUGGAUCCAAGUACUGCGACGCAUAUCAUCAAAGCUGACAACGCUGAGGACACUCAACAAAAACAAGGGUUUUUUUAGAUUGCCUUUCGCUCACGGGACCGCAGAUACCCUUCUAGAGCAGGAAUAUCGAACCGUUUCGGAGACAUCUUUCGGUCGUACCAGGAUAUCGAUAUAUAGUCUUCUUGGUCUACGAGGAGGGACUGACGAAGAAUAUACUGAAGAAUCUGGGACUGCCAACUGUGUUUUAGAACUGACCUCAAGCAACUGUUAGGGUUCGGAACGGUCAAGUCGUCUUCAAGCAACCCUCGAAACUACA